AGUUUAAUAUUCUGUUUUAUAUAUUGCGCACCACGACGGUCAAAUUGACUCUGUAAACAAACACUUGUUGUUUAAAUGUAAGCUAGUGAACUUCAGCUAGCAGGUUUGCUAACUGUGCUGUACCACUAGCCCUUGGACCGUCUGUGAAGAUGUUGACCCCGGCGAAGGAGGGGAUGCCCAGCAUGAUCGACAAGGCGCUGAGGAUGAGGAGGGAGGAACAGGCUCGGCAGGUUGUCUUGGCAUGGGCUGUGCUCAAUGUGUCGUUGGCUGGCAUGAUUUACACUGAAAUGUCAGGGAAACUACUGAGCCGAUACUACAACAUCACCUACUGGCCUAUCUGGUACAUUGAGCUGGUGCUAGCCUCCCUCUUUAGCCUCAAUGCUCUUUUUGACUUCUGGAAAUAUUUCAAGUACACAAUGGCUCCCUCCACCAUUGCUGUAUCACCUCAGCAGCACUGCCUUCUGGGUCUGAGAAAUACAAGUAUUCAGGCCUCUCCGCCCCAAAAGCCAGAGAAAAAGGAGACUCCGGCUCCAGCUCAGGCGUCUCCGCUGCAGGGCCAAAGCGUGCUGAGCUUCAGCCCCUCACGGCCUGCCACCACCAGCCCCAAGUUCUCUCCUAGCUGUGUACCCGGGUACAGCCCUCCUCUCAGCAACCCAUCGACCCCAGGCAGUGCAGGGGGGGCCUUUUCCCCUUCAGUGGCCUUUGGAAAGGUGUUGAACUACAGUCCCUCCCCAGGCUCAUCUCCCUACCCCAGCAGCAUUGGACCAGCAGAAGGCUCCAGCGUAAGAGCUCGAUAUCGUACAUCUCCCUCCGUUUUUAACUCCCCUGGCAGCAAGGAGGACUACAUGGAGGAUCUGAAAAGCCUGGAGAGGUUUCUCCGCACAGAGGAAGAGAAAAGCCACCGCAGCCAGCUGGGUAGUCCAGAGUCUGUGUCUCCAAACCACAGCCCAACAUUUUGGAACUAUAACCGCUCAGUGGGAGAUUACGCCCAGAGCCUGAGGAAGUUUUUGUACCAGCCGGCCUGUCGCUCUCAGGCUCCGUCUGCCCACAAAGAUGAGACAGACCUGGGCUCCAAACAGGCUGCGGAGGAGGUGUGGGCCAGAAUCACAACCAGUCGCCCUGUUGUUGACCGAAUUGACAGCUGGACAGCCAAGCUCAGAAAUUGGAUCAGUGACACCAUCCUGGUCCCCCUGGUUAAAGAAAUAGACUCAGUCAACAGCCAGCUCAGGAGGAUGGGCUGCCCUGAACUCCAGAUAGGAGAGGCCAGCAUCAGCAGCCUGAAACAGGCAGCAGUCAUGAAAGCUUCGUCCAUCCCCACUUUGAACUCUAUUGUUCAGUAUCUGGACAUCACUGCCAACCAGGAAUAUCUAGUGGACAGAGUAAAAGAGCUGGCCCACAGCGGCUGCAUGAGCUCCUUUCGCUGGAAUGCCGGUGGUGAUGUGAAGAACAGAAAGUGGGACACAGACCUCCCUACUGAUUGUGCUAUCCUCAUGCAUAUGUGUUGCACCUACCUGGACUCCCGACUGCCCCCGCACCCAAAAUACCCAGACGGGAAGACUUUCACUUCACAGCAUUUCAGCCACACACCAGACAAGCCUGAUGUCACCAAGGAGAACUUGUUCUGCAUCCACCAAAGCAGCACCGCCCCCCCUCACUACCAGCUCAUCUACCAGGGACACAUCUACAGCCUGCCCAAGGGCAGGAACAACUUGUUCCACACAAUCCUCAUGUUCCUCUACGUCAUUAAGACCAAGGAGUCAGGGAUGCUUGGGAGAGUCAAUCUUGGCCUCUCGGGGGUGAACAUCUUGUGGAUAUUCGAAGGCUGAUGCUCCUGCUUUUCCAAGCAGAAGAAACCUGCAAGGGAUGUUUGGAAACACUGGUUGGAAUACUAUUUCAAGUUAAGAGCUGCUCUUUCAGGGGCAUGAUGGAAAAUAAGCACUUCACUUUGAAAGACAAUACUUUCAUAUUUUGAUAUUUUCUCAAUUUUGAUGGGCAAAUUGGCAAACAUCCUGUAUUGUCAUUACUGUUUUUAUAAACACAUGUAUGUUCACCACAGUGUGCUUAUGAUAAAAUGCAAAGCUGUAUUUUUUAACAUUGUUUGAUGUUCUGAUUUUGUAUUAUGAGAAUGUACUAGCAUGGCAGCCUUGUAAAUAAAAUACCUCAGAGUUAUGAUGUGGACAGUAAAGGGCUUAGAGCCAUUUAGCAUGAGUGCAUAUACACUGUGUGUGUGGACUUUUGUUGUUCCUUUUAGUCAGUAUCCUUUAGAUGCUGGCAUGCUUUUUUUUUUUUUGUUCCUGUAGUUGAUGAAUGUCUGCUGUUGUAGGGACGCUCCUGACAUGCUUGAAGUCAUCUACACAAAUUGGAAAAACAAGCAAAAGGCAAUAAUUGAGUUUUGAAGUAUUCUGAAGUUACACAAUUUCCUUUAGAGCUAGGCUGCAGUGCAACACUAAAGGAAAUUCAAUAUUGAUUCUUUUGAUACAUGAUGGGUACAAAAAUAAAAGCCUGAAAACCA